UGUAUGAUUCUACUCCAGUGUUAUGUUUGGUAUCUACAGAGAGCAGCUGUUGUCCUCUUUGGCAAUCUAAUCAACAGAAAUAGACGGGGCGUCCCCUCGCUGGGCUGCAGGCCUGGUGGUGCAGAGAGGUCACAGCAACUUCUUUCAGAAACAGCUCUAAUAUGUAGGCUGGAACAUAUGGUGGAGAUACUGUCUUCUACUUUCACCCGUCAGACUGUCAGGAGAGCACAUGGCCUACGGUCUGCAGCCCACUCCACAAUCUUCACCCAGCCUCCCACUGCCCUGUCUCCACAGGUUUGGAGGGGCGCCCCCUCAUGGCACGGCCAGAGACUGCUGUGUUCCUCCGCUGUUCCAGAGGAGGUGACAGUGGUGUAUCAGAACGGGCUGCCGGUGAUCUCAGUCAGUUUGCCGUCCAGGCGAGAGCGCUGUCAGUUCACCCUCAAGCCUCUCAGCGACAGUGUGGGAGUUUUCCUGCAACAGCUCCAGGCAGAGGACCGAGGCAUCGACCGGGUAGCCAUCUACUCCACGGAUGGAGCGAGGGUCGCCUCCUCCACAGGCAUAGACAUCCUGCUGCUGGAUGAUUUCAAACUCGUCAUAAAUGACACCACGCACCUCGUGCGGCCACCAAGGAGAGAUCUACUGCCUCACGAGGAGGGGGAAAGGCUGAAUGACGUCAAGUUUCUAGUGCAGCAGCUCUACACCACCCUACGCAUCGAGGAGCACCAACUCGGCAAGGAACGCGAGCUGAUUGGACGACUGGAGGACCUCAACUCUGAACUCCGCCCCUUAGAGAAGGUGAGGGUGGAGCUGAAUAAGAAGGCAGAGCGGCGUACCACCUGGGUGCUGUGGGGCGGCAUGGCGUACAUGGCCACCCAGUUUGGCAUCCUGGCCAGGCUCACCUGGUGGGAGUACUCCUGGGAUAUCAUGGAGCCCGUCACUUACUUUAUCACUUAUGGCACGGCCAUGGCCAUGUACGCCUACUUCGUGCUUACACGCCAGGAGUAUGUUUACCCCGACGCUAGAGACAGACAGUAUCUGCUGUUCUUCCACAAGGGGGUGAAAAGGACACGCUUCGACAUCGAGAAGUACAACCAGCUGAAGGAUGAUAUCGCUGAGGUGGAGUUGGAUCUUAAGCGUCUUCGGGACCCGCUCCAGCUCCAGCUCCCAGUUCAGCAGCUCACCGCCAGUAAAAAUUGAUGGGAAGAGUGACUCCCUCCUCUCUCAGCUCCUGCAACCUCCUUUCCCUCUUCCCUUUUCCCUUUUCCCUCCAACAGCCUUCUCCCUUCCCUUUUACCCCCAACUCUCUCCUCAGACUCCUCCCUCCCCCAUCCCUCCCACACCCAAUAAUCCCAUCCCUUUCUUGACUGUGGGAGUUAGUUUUUUCUCUUUUUUCUUCUUCUUUUUUUCCUUUUUUUUUUCCUUUUUCCUUUCCUGACUGAAAACUCCAGUUGGAAUUGCAAGUGAAAAACCGCUAAACAAGACGAAAGAAGGAUGGCGAGAGUACCGGGAACUGAAAAACUCUCCCAGCCGAAGGAUGGUGAGGAUGGUGAGGAUGUUGAAAAGGACAAUGAUGAUAAAGGAAUAAAACUUUCAAGGAAUAAAACUGGGCACUAUGGAUACGCCUCAAGUCUCCAGAGGGACAGCCUGUAGGGAACUUCAGGGGGCAAACAGGAAUUACCACACCUCUAGAGACUCCAGAACAGAGGACAUGCAGAGGGGAAGUCAUUGCUGAGUGUGUGUGUGUGUGUGUGUGUGUAUGUAUGGGACUUUCAGGGUACACUGGGACACCGACCCUGGCCACUCCCAGGGUCGACACAGCAGUGUAGUCCUGCUUCCUCUCGCAGUCAAACUGUCAACACACACACCUACUCUUGGUUGGGGCAGGCUCCAGAGAGAGUCUCUAUCCCACACGUUAAAGUUUACAAGGAAGUCCUAACUGCAGUCGCACCAUCAGGGGGACCUCUGUCUUCCUGUGGAUGAACUCUGCUGCCUCUCCCUCCCUGGGCCACGCCUUCUCCAGGUGACGGACAGCUGUCCCUCCCAGUGUGACCUUUGUCAGGAGCCUGUCUCCACUCGCAGGAUAUAGGCAUGACGACGCCUCGUUUCCUCUUCCUGUUGACGUCCUGUAGCGGCCCGGUUCUGCGCAAGUAUGAGAGUACUACCGACAACAACAUCACUGUGUGUUCUUUUAUUCCAAAAAAAAUAUUUUGGCACUUUUUAUUUUGAAAGCCAUAGUAUAUUUGUUAUGAAAAGAAUAUAUAUAUGUAUACAAUCAAAUAAACAGAUGACCAGAGGCUAGUUUUUUUCAGUGGGGGGAGGAGCUCUCUUACAAACACCACUUCAUCAGAAACUAAUUUACAUCCUCUGAAGAUCUCCUGCCAUGAAGGAUCCCCCGCUAACAGUCCAGCGUGCGCGCACACAAAGAGCAUUAUAAUGUAUGCAUUCACUAUCUUGAAGUAACUAUUUCAUAUCUUGUCAUGACAAACACACAAUGUAUUUCACAGUAACUACGUCCUGGUUGGGCGUAAGGCUCCUGUGCAUGGCCACCAAAGGGGGGGGAACUAUGUUGAAACCAAAUCAGGGUGAAAAUGACUUUGAUUGGAAUUGAUUUUGAGCAACGCAGAAUUGUCUCAGAUAAACCCACAGGCAUGUUUAUUUAUCUGAUGAACUGAGUAGCUUUAAAAACGAGUAAAGCCUCAUUAUACAACAGGAGCAGAGUAAAUUGCCUGCAGUUCGAUAUUUUUCUUUUCUUUCUAAUAUAUAUAUCAUUUCUACUUUUCCAAUCGAAAGUAUUGUUCUUGGAGGUGUAAAAUGACCAUUUCCAGAUGUUCAGUGACCUGGCCUUUAGCUUAGCAGCAUGUGAUGUGCAUUUCAACACUUUUCUAUGAUUCUCCCUCAUGAAGCUUAUAAACAAAAUAACAGAAGGCUACAUCUAAAAAAGAAGUGUCAUGGCGUUGAUUCACAGAAGCUUUUUUUUGUUUCCUCCUCCCACUGUUGCUGUAACGCCCCCCUGCUCCCUCGAUGGCAAGGCAGGGUAGACUGCAUGCUGUGGUAUGCCCUCAGUAGAAAUUUGUGAAUGUGUAGGAGCAUUAUUGCAAUUUUGUACUUAAUUGGACACUUUUCGUUGCCACAUCUAGCUGAAGUCUCAUCCCGCCUGAUAGGUUAAAUCAGAAGCCAUAUGUUUAUUUUGUCCAUUUUAUUUCGGGAUGGUCACUGAAUAAACGUUUGUUGGCUUCACGUAGUUUUGUGUUCAGGGUGAUGAUUGGAGGCUCUCUCCCCGGGCCCUGUUCAUGUCUCCGAAAACAGAUCUGAAAGCCAGUUGUUUUCACUCUGAACUGCUGUAGAUCGCCUCUGCAGAGGGGAAGCCCCAUCACAUGGCCCCCUGAACAUAGACUCUAGAUCAAGAUCCUGCUUGUGUGUCUCGUGUGGACGGUUGGCUGAAUCCUACUGAAGAGAUCCAUGUGUUUAACUGCAGAUUUUCUAUUAAAAUGCAUGAUUUUAGGUAAAAUCAAGAGUUAGCCAUCCGGAUCUCACGGCAGGAUUUGGUCUAAUCUGUGUCUUGGUUUGUGUGUGUGUGUUUCAUCUCCAAGGGAAAUGGUGCCUUUUGGAUGAUUAAUGAUUUAAAAGGUAUAAACACCAAUGUAGUAAUUUGGUAAACAGCAAUGAUAAGAUCAUUGAGAAAGUUAAUCUGACACUUUCACAUAAAGGAGGGAUACAUUUUGAAUGUUUGGGAGUGGAAAUCAAUCCUGCUGUGUGUCUGUGAACGCGUGUGCUGGUAAGUGAGUGCACUAGGGGCAAAGUUCAGAUCCAUGUAUUCAUGAAUCCUUUGCCCCGUAUCACUGACUGUCAAUAGUGGUGGAAUUGCGCCCUCAUCCCACUUCAUAGCAGUCAUGAAACACACACACACACACACGCGCACACACACACUCACACUCAUACACACACUCACACUCAUACACAGUGACAACGGUGUUUCCUUGGAGAUGUACGGAGGCAGGUGAGAGAGCCUCUGUCUGCAGUACAAUCCUCCCCUCUGCUGUUUCAACACUUCUCUCCAUCAUCACCUCCUCGUUUUUAUCACGCCAUCCACCGUUUAUUGCCUUUUUUUGUUUUUCUCGUUUAUUUUUUUUAAAAAGCAAAAUAUAUCAAAUAUAGGGAAACUUUAUUAUAAAGAGGGUGUUGCAUGAAUGUAUGUUUACAUGGGAAAUUAUGUGAAAAUAAAAAAGACGAUUUAUCAACAAAAAAAAACUGCAAAGAUAAUUUAAGAACGUUGUUUGUAGAGAUUCCUAGAUAUAAAGGGCAGUGGACAGGGCUGCGUCUUUAGAAUCUGCCCUGCCAAAUCUGACUUAAAUCCCAGCCAACCAACUGCUCAGACCCCCCCAUCAAACCCCAUUCCCAUCUUCACCUUAUUUACUCCCAUUAACCCUUCCCUCAGUGUGCAUUUAUACUCCCCAGUAAAAGGAAAAACACCCUCCAUCCUCGGUGCACCUAUAAAGGAGUAGACCUCUUGACCUCAGUUACUAACGUCAGGCAUUUCGGGGAACACCUCCCGUCCUCGUCCCUCUCUCCUGUCAUUUCCAUCCACCCUCAGUCUUUUUCCUCCAAAGCGACAUUAUUAUUCUAUGUUUUGAAUGUGUACUAUGUUUUGAAUAUCUUGUUUGUGUGCACUAACAAUAAGAUAUGUUUAAAAUGCCUAAAGAGUGACGCAGAAUAUGGGAUUGAAAUGAUCUUGUACUCCAUUCUGACCUCGUAUUUUAUUUCGUUUUUCUUGUCUGUUUUUCUUCUGUUGACAUAUGAUGCUGUAAUGUUGGCAAAAAAGAAAAAUGUAAAAUCCUGUAUCAUUUAUGAAAUAUGUAUAAAAGAGAAAUGUAAUUCAAUUAUCAAUAAAAUCCUUAUCCAGUUUUUGGA